AUGUUUGGUUUGGUAGUGGGCGAUGCUCUUGGAGCUCACAUGGAAUUCAGACCUCAUAGUUAUUUGGUUGCUAAUCCAGUGAAGGGCCUAGUAGGAGGAGGAACAUGGGGUCUACAACAGGGACAAUUCACUGAUGAUACGUCCAUGGCACUUUGUUUGGCAAUUUCCGUAAUUGCUUGUCAAGACUUUGUUCCAUACGAUCAAUUGGUUCGCUACAAAUGGUGGUAUCGGAAUGGCUACAUGUCAUCAACUGGUCAUUGUUUUGACAUUGGAGCGGCCACAAAAUAUUCUAUUGAAGAGUUUGAAAAGCGCCAAAAACAGUUUGCAAAAGCUCAUAAUAUUCCUUUAGAUCAAAUAGACUUUUUGUCUGACCGUGAUCUCCUUCAAGCUUUCGAUGUCAAAUGCAGUAAAGAAGGUGUGGCCGGCAAUGCGGCUUUGAUGCGUCUCGCACCUGUUCCCAUUUUCUUCUUUCGAGACAAGAAAAUGGCCGUUGAAUAUUCUGGUAUUAGUGGCAUAAUCACUCAUGGAGAUGACAAAGUUUAUGAUGCUUGUCGUUAUUAUGCAGCUCUCAUUAUAGCUGCUCUUAAUGGUGCAAAGAAAGAGGAAUUGACUAGUAAAACAUUCUAUGAUGAUCACUUGGAAUGGUUCGGCGGUCGAGGCCUUCAUCGUGAUAUCAUGGAUAUUGCUUGUGGAUCGUACCAAAGAUCAGGUGGUUAUGAAGAUGGAAUUCGAGGAAAAGGUUACAUUGUCAAUGCUCUGGAAGCAGCUUUGUGGGCAUUUUGGAGUGAUGAAGACUCAUUCGAGAAAGGUGCACUUAAUGCAGUUAAUCUGGGUGAUGAUACAGAUACAACAGCAGCUAUCUAUGGUCAGUUAGCAGGUGCUUAUUAUGGAUACAAAAGGUUGCCAGAAAAAUGGUUGAAUUUUAUCUAUGCUAAGGAUUUCAUUCAUUGUCUUAGUAGCUGGAUCGCUUAUGAAGGGAGAAAUUGGUUUAGCAGUAAAUCAGGUGUGGGAAAAUCGACGUUAAUUAACACAAUUGCCAACUGUCAGAAGUUUAGUACAUUUUCAGAAGCACAAUCGAGUAAAUCUACCCUGCGUCUAUUUGUUUCAUCCAUCUUUCAACUAAUGUUGAACGAAGAACAACAUUUUCUUCAACUUGGCAAGAGCGAUCCUAAUGAAGUUCAUGAUCAUCCUGGUCAAUCUAUAACUCAACGUUGCAAAUCGUAUGUAUUCGAUGUUGGAAAUAAGCAAAAAUUACGUAUUAUUGACACGCCUGGCUUUUGUGAUGCCGCUGUAGAUAUAAACACGAAAUCAAACUCUGUUAUUGGAUUAUUAUAA